GCCUUACAAUGUCAUCCCACCCACCCAUAUUAUGUUACAAAAUCACAGGUCAGCUUGAGCAACCAUCUGCUUAAAGGCGAAGACAGUUGAGUUUUCGUUCUCCUUUCGCCCCACGACAAGAAAGAGCGAACAGCCUGCAUUUGCAAUAUUCAACUUAGAUUGAAAAGGUUCCCAUCCAGAACAAAAUGGCCCAGAAACUGCUUCUGUCCCUGCCCGAGUUUCAGAACCUAUCAACUGGUACUUUUGUGGUGAAGGAGCCACUGAAUUUCUGGGGAGGAGCGAGAGUGAAGCCGAAAGAUAAGAAGAACUCCGAGCCAGUAUACGAACCUGCAACGGGUCGUGUGUUGUGUGACAUGAUUCCCUGCGGAGAGGAGGAGGUUGACCAGGCCAUUAAAAGUGCUCAUUCUGCAUAUCUCAAGUGGCGUAAACUAUCUGGUAUGGAGCGGGCCAGGAUCAUGCUUGAGGCUGCCAGAAUUAUUAGGGAGCGCAGAGAGGAAAUUGCUAGAGUGGAAGUGAUCAACAAUGGCAAAUCCAUUUUUGAAGCUGUAAUGGAUAUUGACAUUGCUUGGCAGUGUAUUGAGUACUACGCUGGCAUCGCACCUACACUGACAGGCCAGCAUAUACAGCUUCCAGGGGGCUCUUUUGCCUACACCCGAAGGGAGCCACUGGGUGUGUGUGUCGGCAUAGGAGCCUGGAACUACCCCUUCCAGAUAGCUGCUUGGAAGUCAGCCCCAGCAAUGGCCUGCGGCAAUGCCAUGGUGUUUAAACCAUCACCCAUGACCCCAGUGACAGCAGUCAUUUUGGCAGAGAUCUAUAAAGAGGCAGGUGUUCCAGAUGGACUCUUUAACGUGGUACAAGGAGGAGCUGAGACUGGCGGACUGCUGUGUCACCAUCCCAUGGUGGCCAAAGUGUCCUUCACUGGCAGUGUUCCCACUGGAAAGAAGGUUAUGGAGAUGGCAGCGAAGGGUGUAAAACAGGUCACUCUAGAGCUUGGAGGCAAGUCACCAUUGCUCAUCUUUAAGGACUGUGACCUGGAGAAUGCAAUCAAAGGGGCCCUCAUGGCCAACUUCCUCACCCAAGGACAGGUGUGCUGCAAUGGAACACGGGUGUUUGUGCAGAGAGAGAUCAUGCCACAGUUCCUGGAAGAAGUGGUAAAGAGGACCAAAGCCAUCCCUUUGGGAGAUCCAAUGCUUGACGGGACACGCAUGGGUGCUCUUAUUAGUAAACCGCAAAUGGAAAAAGUGUUAGGCUUCAUCAACCAAGCUAAAGAACAGGGUGCAAAGGUGUUGUGUGGAGGAGAACGAUUUGUUCCCAGUGAUUCCAAACUGAAAGAAGGAUACUUCUUGUCCCCAUGUGUGCUUGACAACUGCAGGGAUGACAUGACCUGUGUAAAGGAGGAGAUCUUUGGCCCUGUGAUGUCUGUUUUGCCUUUUGACACAGAGGAAGAGGUUCUUCAAAGAGCUAACAACACAACAUUUGGCCUGGCAUCUGGAGUAUUCACCAGAGAUAUAGCUCGUGCCCACAGAGUGGCUGAAAACCUUCAGGCCGGAACAUGCUUCAUCAACAACUACAAUGUCAGCCCUGUUGAGGUUCCUUUUGGAGGCUACAAGAUGUCAGGCUUUGGAAGAGAGAAUGGCCAAGUGACCAUUGAGUACUACUCUCAGCUCAAGACUGUAGUGGUGGAAAUGGGAGAUGUGGAAAGCGUCUUUUAGACAAUUGUUGGGCUAUCCAUCAGCAUUCCUUACGGCAAUGUGAUUUUUGCAGUGUGUUCAGAUCUUUAGCUCUUUCUGUGAAGUUUGGGACCUAGCAUAUUUAAAGUACAUUUUGAAUUGGGACAACUAAUGGGCCUUUACUAGUGUAGCCAUUUUAAAAUGGCUUUAAAACAAGGAUACACCUACAGUAUAUGCUCAUGUUUGAACUGCUAAGCUUAAGAGCUAACUCUUUAGGCAAGAACUUCAUUUUUGUAGCAAUUGUAGAAUGUCAUUUUUAAUGUUAGCAGUCCCUGUAACCAUCCAUAUUUCUGUCCCUUUCCAGUUCGAGAAUGCCAUAAACUGAGUUGGUAGAUUUCCAAUAUGUGAGGUUAUUUGAAUAGGCUUCGCUGUUGUUAUCUAUGUAUGUUUUUCAGUGUUGUGAAACAUUUGUGUUUGACAAAUGGUGUCACAGAUCUAUCAGCUAAUAAGUGCCUUCCAGUAUCUUCCUACAGAUAAUUACAUCUUAUGAUAGAACACUUUGAUGGUUGACAAAUUUAUAGCAUUUCAAAUUAAAGUGCCUUGGUUUCCAAGUUGAAAA